UAAGCAAUAAUGAAAAAGAUGAAUCAAAUCUUCUAAAUCCAUCAGCAACGCCAUCAUUAACAUUAUCAACAUUGAAGAACACUUUUAUACUUUUUAGACAUGGUCAAUCCAAAGCUAAUGUUUCAAAGAUUGUGGUUGCAUCGUUAAAGAAUGAUUCUAAAUCUAACGAUGACGAGAACGAUUGGGGUCUUACAGUUUUGGGUAAAAAACAAGUUGAAAAUAUUUAUACUUCACCAUUUUCUCGUACAAUUGAAACUGCUAAAAUUAUACAUGAUCAUAUUUCAAAUCAUCUAACAAAUCUCGAACCACGCAUUCCAACUAAAUCGAACAACGAAAACAACGAAAACACCUCAUCGUCAUUUUUGUUAUCACUUGAUCCCAUUGUCACUGUUCAUCAACAACUUUGUGAAAGAAAUUUCGGAAUAUUCGAGUUGAAACCAGAUCAUGAAUCUUAUCAUAAAGUAUGGAGCAUUGAUGAAAAUAUCAAUAGCAUCAGUAAUAAUAAUGACAACGAUGAAGAAUAUAAACGAUUAGGUGUAGAGACUUGUUGGGAAGUUAGGAGACGUAUGUGUGAUGUUAUCUAUGAAAUUGAAAAAGAAUCAAAAAAGGUGAUCGUGUUAGUUAGUCAUGGAGAUUCUUUACAAAUUCUACAAACUGCUUUUGAAAAUGUUGAUCCUAACAAUCAUAGAAAAUUAAAUCAUUUAGGAACUGCCGAAUGGAGAAUCUUUAAUAAUGAAAUGAUUAAUAUAUAA